AUGAAACAAAGUGGAGGAUAUCAAUCUGAUCAUUCUAAAGCUACAUUUUUUAAUGAUGGAAACCAUCUAUUUACACAAUAUGCGAAUGAUAAUUUGCAAUUUCAUGAUUAAGGAUGUUUUCAAAUGAAAUAUAUCAACAGGGUAACCUCAAUAAAUGUUCAUUGGGCAGAAGAUUAUCUAAAAAUCGUUGAAGAAGUAUAUAAAUCUGAAAAUAUUUAUUAGAAAUCUUCUAAAUUUAUUCAUAUUCAAAAUGCUUAUCUAAGACUAGUCAUGAAUUAAAAAAAUUAGUAAUUUGGUUUUAGAAUAAGUAAAAAUGGUCAUCAAGCCGAAUUUUAUGGUGGUAGCUUAGAAUUAAUCGAAAAGAUAAAAAAAUAUAUGAUCUAAUCAGAGUUUCAAAAGAAAUAUCAAAUAAUAGAAAAAAUUGGUAGUGGUAAUUUAUCAUCUGUAAAAUUUGUAAUUUAUCAUUAGGUCUAUAAAAUUUAGCAUAACAUAAGUGGAUAAAAGUUUGCUGCUAAAAUAGUAAAAAAAUCAACACUAGCAAGAUGUAGUAAAUUUGAAAAGGAUUAUUUUUUGAAUGAAAUAAAUAUCUUAAGAUUAAUAAAUCAUGAUAAUUUGUUAAAAUUAGAAGAAAUCCAUGAAGGAGAAUAAAACAUAUAUAUAAUUACUGAAUUAUUAGAAGGAGGUUCUAUAAAAGAUGAGAUUUUAAAUAAUCACUUCAAAGAAUAAGAAAUGAUAAAAGUCAUGCAUUCUCUAUUUAGUAGUUUAUAUGCACUUCAUAAAAAUAAUAUUUAUCAUAAUGAUAUUAGAUAUGAUAACAUCUUACUAAAAGAUCCAUAAGAUUUACAAACAGCUUGUUUUAUAAAUUAUGGAAAAGCUGUAUAAAUCCCUUCAAAAAAUUGUAAUCUUAAUUAAAAUAAUCAUUAAGAUUAAGAAAGGAUAAUUAAUUUAUGUCUAAAAAGGGACAUAUAUUCUUUGAGUACUAUUUUGUUAACAGUUUUUACAAAAAAAGUAUAUAACUUAAAUUAGGUAGUGGAUGAACUUUUAAUGAAAAAUUAUUAAUAUAUUACUCAAACAGAGUAUAUGGAAUUAUCUCUUCCACUUUAAAGAUUUUUUGAGAUGAUUUUUACAGACAAAUGUAAAAAAUAAAUUGAUAUUUUGACUUGUGAAAAGAUAUUAGGUUUAGAUAUAUUUAGAAUUAUACAAAAACCUAGAAGUUCUAAAAUUUUUCUCCCUUAAUAAUUAUUUCCCUAACUUCCAAGAAGAAUGAGCAAAUUUGUUCCAUGUUAAUCAGACAGAGAAAAAUUAGAUCAUUCAGAGGAUUCAGUUAAACUACCACCUAUAAAUCGAGAUGCUUCUACUUCUGCUGAAAAAAGUCUCUCUUCAAGUCCUAAAUCUUAAUGUCUUCUCUACAGUCAUCUGACUACAGUUAAGAAAAACAACAAUUUAAAAAUAAUAAAUAAAGUUAUUAAGUAAAAUGAUUUGUGA